AUGCGACCGUUACGACGGCAGGCGACGCGGCGUCGAACUGGCAUCCUGCUGGCGGCCGCUGCGCUGACGAUUGCAAUGCUGGCGGUGGCUUCAGUCGCUCGUGUCAGUGGCGCGAAAGCUGCUGAGGGUGGCGAGUCGCUGCUGGAGGGUGCGGUCCCAGUACCACCGCCGCAGCAGCCUGGACGUGUCGGCGAGCAACACGACCUGCCGCCGUACCCGGAUGCCCAGCUGGACGAAACCGGACACGGCCUGCACGAGAGCCACCCGCGUGCCCAGGCAGCGCGCCGGGAGCUCGUUCGGAUGGAGCGCGAGCGACUAGCGCGCCGCCGCCGCCGACGAGAGGACAAUGCUACAACGGCUGCAACUGUGGAGGAUGGUGACAGCACUGCCGAUCCGCCAUUGUUCGAGACGUUCCGCGCAUCCGUCAUCCAGGGAGUGCUGCCGACAAUCAGCUAUCUGGAGGACGCCGUGCCGAGCUCGGGUCGCCUCGUCCCUGCGCACUAUUCCGUUGCGGACGAUCCGCUGCGCACCUUCUCGAUCGAGGAGCCCGUGCUGGGCUGCUCAAAUACGAGCAACCACCGCGAGCUGACGUCCGUCACUGCCAAGCACAACCAGUGCAUCAUUGCCGGCAACGCUGGCUUCUUUGGGGUCUCGAACGGCAUGUGCCAUGGAAAUCUCAUCUCCGACGGUCAACUGGUCCAGAACACGGGCCGACAGAACGCCAACUUUGGCAUACGGCGCGACGGCACGAUUGUCGUGGGAUACCUCACCUCCAACGAGAUUGCCGAGAUUGAGGCCAGCGACAACCCCUUCCAGCAGCUGGUUGCUGGCGUGGUUUGGCUGGUGCGCGAUGGCGAACCGUACAUUGACGAGUCCAGCGCCAUGGAGGACAUGUCCGUCCAGGAGACGGGCAUCACCUUUGUGUCAGUCAGGUCGGGGCGCGCAGCACUAGGGCACGACGCCGACGGCCGAGUGGUGCUGUACCAGGUGGAUGGGAAGACGAACGUUCGCGGCGUUAAUUUGUACGAACUGGCCGAGUUGCUCAUCAAACGCGGUGUGCGGAAUGCCAUCAAUCUUGACGGAGGUGGCUCCAUGACCUCUGUGCUGAACAACCAAGUCGUCAGCUACCCAUCCGACACGUGCAAAGUCGACCCAAGCACCAAGUGCGAACGCACCGUCACCACGAUUGUGUGCUUGCACGACGCCCGCUGCGAUCCAGUCGACUGCUCUGGGCACGGCACCUGUCGCGGCGUGAGUAAGCAGAACGCCCUCGACGGUACGGUGGGCACUUGCGACUGCGAGUUUGGCUGGCGCCCGCCGAGCUGUUCCGUGCCCGUCGACCCUUGCGUCGAUGCCGACUACGAGGACUACCUUGACUGGUAUGCCGCGACGCACAACAACACCCUACCCACGGACAACACUGGCGGAGGCGAUGCUGGCGGAGGCGAUGUUCCCGACAAUGAUCGGAGGCGCCUCUACUUUGCACCCGACGCGAUGUGCUCUUGCUUCAGUGACCCCUUCGUCGGCUACUCCAUCGUCGGCCACUCCAUCGUCGGCCACUCCUUCAUCGCACACCCCCUCGGUUACCCCAUCCUCACACACCCCAUCCUCACACACUCCAUCGUCGGCCACCCCAUUCAUCACCACACUCCAUCCUCGGCCACCCCCUCGGUUACCCCAUCCUCACACACCCCAUCCUCACACACUCCAUCCUCACACACCCCAUCAUCAGCCACUCCAUCCGUCACCCCGUCGUCGCACACCCCGCGAGCAACGCCAAGCUACGCGGUGGGCCCCGCGAAAUGCCACAUCAACUCGACGUGCAGCUAUGCCGGGCCUGGUCGCCGAACGUGCUCGUGCAACGCGGGGCAGUAUGGCAAUGGCACCUUCUGCCAGGCGAUUCCGGCGCCGUGCCCCGUGUACUCUGCCACACCGUCCGUCACGCCGACGGAUUCGGGGUCAAACUCGUUUGUCAAUCCCGAGUGCGUUCCCUGGGCGUACUGGCUGACCGCGGUUGCUGGCGUGGCGCUUGGGAGCAUUGCAGUGUCGUUGUGGUUGUUGCUCACACGGUCCAAGGUCCGUCGCCCCCACCCCGGUGGUCCUCGCGAGUCAAACGGAGAGGCCUUGUCAACAAAGGCCUCGCCACCUCGGAUACGCAUCGGCUCAGCCUCCUCUGGCUCGAGCAGCGGCGAGGCUGAUGGUGACAUUACGAGUCUGUCGCCACCAUCGCCCUUCCUGGAUGACGAGCUCGCUCAAGCCUCAGCCACGCCGGGUGCGGUGAUGGCAAUGACCACAUUUGUCAAGCGAGUUGUCGGCAGUCAGUCUAAAUCCAAAUCUCACGGCGCGGGUCCACCAUUCCACAAGUUGACCGGCCAAGCCGACACCGAACCGUUGGUUGAAGACGACAACGACGACGACGACGACGACGACGACGAUGUUUUUGCUUAAACAAGCGAUUUUUGGUGGCUAUUGGACUUUUUCCUCCCUCUUUCUGAAAUUGUGUAUAAAAACCAUCUUUUCAUUACGAAUCAAACCCUUCUCAAUUCCGCACCACUCCGUGCCAUUGAAUGCGCCAACGAAAAAAAAAUGUGUGUGUAUUCACAGGAAUAGCUUAAAACCAGACAACAAACAAGCUGUGCAGUACAGUACAAUACAAAUACUAGAACAAUUCAGGGAA